AUGUCAUCAAGGAAAAGUUCUCGCCAGAGACCUCCUAGAGGUUGGGAUCAUUCCCCAAGACCUCAAAUAGAUGGACCAAUUACAGUCAAUGCAAACAUUAACUUUGACACAAAUGAGUACCAAGUCUCUCCUGCACAGCCACAAGUAGAAUAUGGAUAUAACCAGAACCAGGAUUGUUCGAUGAGAUGGGCGGCAGAAGCACAAGCAAGCUGGAACACUCCCUUUAGCACCAACACCAACUUCAACACCUCCUCGCAACCGUCGUCAUCUCAAUCUUCUUCUGCAUUUAACAACUCCUCAGGAUUUCAAGCCUGGGUAGAACCUACACGAUCGCCAGAACGCUUUAGCCAUCCAGACCAGGUUGUGUUCAAGCUGAACACAGAGAUUCCGGAUCGACCAAUAUUUGUAGAAAAGGUCGAUUUUGCCUCAUAUCGUUCCAAACCAAUCGUUCCUGAUCCAGCAGAAAUCAUGCAAGGACCCCCACAAGUCCCAGUAAGCAACGACCGCGGUCGUCGUGACGAACGCAUUCCCCAUAUACCAGUUAACCACGUCCGUGGACCAUACGAGAGCACCGACGAAUAUCUCUAUACACAUUUUGAGUUGAUGCGUCAAGACUGUUUGAUCCCUCUACAAAAGGCUGUCCAGUCUUAUAGAUUGACAGCCGAUAAACCCAAAGACAAGCUUGGAUUGGCCAUGUCAGACGACCAGGUUGAAACAGUUGCACUUUCAAGAGACUACCGACUUUAUGAGCAUGUCCGUUUAAAUGCCAUCGUGUUUGGAUCUCGUCAGACACUCUAUAGGAUCAGUUUUCGUUUACCUUACUAUUGUCGAGUCAAGUGGCCUCAAUCAAAGAGAUUGAUGGAAGGCAGCAUGGUCCUGUUGUCAAAAGAUAACUUUGUUUCGGAUAUCAAGAUUGCUACUGUUGUCAACAGAGGAGACGAGCCAAUGAGAGGAUCAAGCCGGUUUGAAUACAUGAUAAAUGUUAAACUUGAGUGUGAUAAUGAAAGAGAUCCGCUUGGAUUUGGAGACCCGUCUUCAGCUGAUCAAGAUACCUAUGUUAUGAUUGAAGCACCUACUGGAUAUUUUGAAGCCUAUAGACACAUACUCUCGGUCCUUAAAAACACUCAGGCCGAUGAACUUCCUCUGGCCUCUUAUUUGGUGGAUAUUUCUCAGGACAUUCGGUUGCCUUAUUAUGCGUCUAGAAAGCAAUUUUAUGACAUUGAUCCCAGAAAACCCACCAAUUCUCGAGACCAACAGAAGAAUCUUGUCAAGGCUGACGUGGAGUGGCCAGAAAAAAAUACUGGAAUGGAUCGUACUCAAAUGGAUGCCUUGCAAACCAUGAUUACUAAUAACAUUGCAAUUAUUCAAGGUCCUCCUGGAACGGGAAAAACCUUCGUGGGAACAUACGGAAUGAAGGUGUUACUAAAGAACUUUGACCAAGGAUUAGGACCAAUUGUUUGUAUUUGCCAGACCAACCAUGCUCUUGAUCAGUUUUUGGAACACGUACUGGACUUUGACCCACGAGUGAUACGUAUUGGUGCGCGAUCUCGGUCAGAACGACUAAAAGACCAUAUUCUUUUUGAAGUGCGCAAGGAGCGAGAGGCCGUACGGGGACUCGGAAGGGUUUACCGGAAAAGAGACGAGAUUAGUAAGAAGAUUAGAGAAAUCAUCGUGACCAUGUACGAAGAACCCUGCGUGACGCUCGAUUACCUUCGCAAGAUAAAGGCUCUCCGUCCACGCCAGUUAGAAUCCCUGAAGCGGGUGGGUGAGCGUGGGGCAAGGAAUGAUGCCCUUUCUACUGCUGCUGUUGCGGCAGCGAGUGCGGGAGGAGGUGGUGCAGAUGAGGACUCAGAUGAUGACUGGGUAAUUGGAUCAGACAUCACUAUAUCAAAAACCCGUGGUGCUCCUACUCCGGCCCCAAGUGCCUGGGGAGGCAAUCGCAACCAAAACCAAAACCAGAAUCCAAACCCGAACCAUCGAGAAGAAGAAAAGGUGCCACCGGUUAAUCCUGUAGAGGUGUGGCUCAAGGACGCAAUCGAAUUCGUAAAUGAGUCAGGUGCGCCGUUUAACUUGGAUGAUGACGAAAAGGCCGAUUUCUUGGAGCAGCAAAAGGGACUUUUGUUUGAUGAAGACGAGGAUGAGGAUGAAUUGAUCGAAGAGGAAGAACUGCAGGAGAUCACCCAGAAUUUCAAAGAAGAUCUGCAGGACCUAAAGGCCGACAAGAGUCCGUAUAUCAACAUUGGCGUGGCUUAUCGCAAUCAGUCCGAAUCGUUCUCUAGGCGCCAAACCAACCGAGACGAGACUCGCAAGGUGAUCAAUUACAAAAAGACGGCCGCAAGAGGAUUCGACUCGUCACGGUUCAAUUUCUUUGAUGACUCAGCUGCACCUUUAUCGUAUGACGAGGAUGAUAAAGAACAGGAUGAUGAACAGCACAAUGUGCUUGAACGGUGGAUGAAGGACGACGAUGUAUCGAUGUGGCCACUCGCUGUUCGACUAAAGGCACACAAGAAGUGGGCCCAGCAAUUGCAACAAGAGCAGGGUCAAACAAUUAGAUCGUUGAUAGUCCGAUACGAAGAGUGCUCAAAGGAGAUCCGUAAGAUGCAAGUGAAAAACGAUGCGCUUAUCUGCCGUGAGGCCAGAGUUGUUGGACUGACUAGUACAGCUGCGGCUAAAUACCAUGACCUUCUUGAAGAAAUGAAACCAAAGGUUAUGGUGGUUGAAGAGGCGGCAGAAAUGCUGGAGGCUCAUAUUGUCACCGCUCUUACUCAGUCUCUCCAGCAUCUGAUUCUAAUUGGUGAUCAUGAGCAGCUAAGACCAUCGACUGCUGUACAUACUCUGGCCAAACAGCAUUUCCUUGACGUGUCCUUGUUCGAACGAUUGGUGAAGAAUGAUAUGCCCUAUUCUCGGCUGUCAUUCCAACGCCGAAUGCGCCCUGAGAUUAGAACAUUGAUUGACCCUAUCUAUUUCGACCCGCCUCUGCAGGACCAUCCGGACGUAGUCAAGCUACCUAUGGUCAGAGGAAUGGACAAAUCGCUCUUCUUCCUGAGUCACACCGAGCCCGAGAGCCACAUGGAGGAGACGGCCUCAAAGUCGAAUGAGCACGAGGCCGAGAUGGCUGCUAAACUGUCGACAUACUUGCUGAUGCAAGGCUAUUCUCCGGCCGACAUUACAAUCAUCACAAUGUACUCUGGGCAGCGAACGACAAUCAAGAAGGCCCUGAAGAAGGAACGCAAACCCGAGGUUGAUACUUCGCUCGUACAAGUCAGUAGUGUGGAUGGAUAUCAAGGAGAGGAAAACAAAAUCAUCAUCCUGUCAUUGGUCAGAAGUAACAAUGCGGGGAUGAUUGGAUUUUUAAGUAUCGCAAACCGUGUGUGUGUCAGUUUAUCGCGUGCGAAACAUGGAAUGUAUAUCCUAGGUAACGCAAAACUACUGUGCGAGAAGAGUGAUCUGUGGAACGAGAUCGUUUAUAAUCUGGAAGAGAAGAAGGCGGGCAACAUUGGCGUCAGACUGGCCCUAAAAUGUCUUCGUCACAACGAGUUGACAGAAGUUCAGUGGCCAGUCGACUUUUCGGAUGUUGAGGAGGGUGGAUGUACAAGGCCGUGUGGCACUGUGCUUGAUUGUGGUCACCAGUGCCCACUUAAAUGCCAUGUAUAUGAGCAUGACCUGGUUCGUUGCCAACUUCCCUGCCGCAAGGUAUUCCAGCCGUGUGGCCACGCUUGUACCCGUAGGUGCUUUGAAGUGUGUGGCUCAUGCUUGACCCCAAGAGUACUGCGAUUGCCUUGCGGGCAUGAACUGAAGGAGGAGUGUGGAAAGAUAAAGAAGUUGUUGGAGGACCCUACUUCCUGGCGUUGUAAAUCUUGCCCAAAGAAAUAAAACAAAAAGAAACC